AGCAUGUAUCCUGUUUUAAAAUUGGAUAUUAUUUUCUUUUUAUUUCUUGAGUGUGAAUCCACCCGAGACUUUUAGGUAUAACACUAGAGCUAUUUCAAAGCAGACGGAAUUUAUGUUACGUUAAGCGUCUGAAAGGGAUUUUCCUAAAGAAAAGGAAAGAUGGUUGAUUUAAGACUGAGGCUUUUUGCUGCGAUAUGUGUGCUGUAUCAAGUACACAGCUACCCAAAUUUUCGAGAAAGAAUUCCGAAUGGUUUCAAUGUCACAAAUCCAUGCGACCCCGAUGGAAACUGGCUGGGUGUUGGUCAUGAAGCGAUAGGCGGCGGAGGCAAAAGGAAUCCAUUUGGACUUGAUUUUGCAGGUCAAGGUUACAUAUGGACAGACACAUUAUGUAGGAAAGAUUCGGAUGGCGAUGGCAGAACCAAUGGGGAGGAGCUUGGGGAUCCAAGCUGUGUUUGGAAUGAAGGCUCAGUUUCUCAAAGAGGUUCUGAUAUUUCCCAUCCAGGUAUCUGUGAGCCCGUGGGGAGUGAACAAUGCAUGGGUAAAAACACCUUCCUAGAAACGUGCUCGGAUAUGGACUUUAAAUGCGAUGGGAUCGAUAAUGACGCCGAAAGUUUCUCUGUCGAUGUCCUACUCUCAAGUUCCCCAGUUCCCGCCAAAAAGACAACUUAUAUGUGUCAAGCAAUUGACUUGAAGGAUGUUGGGGUCAAUAUGGAAAUGGACUACCAUCUGGUCGCUACGAAAGGCUACGUUGACACUUUGGAACUUUUACAUCACGUGCUGAUUUACGGAUGCAGUGACGAUGCAAAUAUCGAAGAAAAGCAACGGUCACCCACGGAAUGUUUCAUGAGUAGAAUCGAUGGCUGUGUGAACGUGAUAGGAAUCUGGACUGUCGGAAUAACUGGUUUCUGUUACCAAAAUGAUGCAGGCUUUAGGGUCGGCAAACAUGGCUUCAAGGUGGUUGUUUUAGAGCUACACUGGAAUAACGUAGAGGAGAAGAGCACAUUCGUUGACAGCUCAGGAAUAACACUUUUCCUCACACCAAAUUUAAGGUCUAACGAUGCCGGUAUGCUUACGAUUGGACAACUGGAGCUGAAUAUACCGCCAUACACGGCCCGCCACACCGAGAAGGGCACGUGUAGCUCUAAAUGCACGGAAAGGUUUAUGUCAGGCAAUAUCAAUAUCGUCGGAGCUAUGAAUCAUAUGCAUGGGAUCGGUACUGCGGUCACUUCAAACAUGGUGUCUGGAGACGGGAAAGUUACUAUCAUCUCACAUGAGGAAAGCUACGACUAUAAUUCCCCAAAGUUUGUCGUUUUCGAGCGCCCAUUGGUGAUGGAACCAGGUUAUAGCCUCGAGGUAAAAUGUCAUUAUGAUUCAUCAUUGAGAGGGGAGACAACUCGCUACGGGGAUUCUACUUCUGAAGAGAUGUGUUUCACCGUCAUCAUGUAUUACCCGGCGAACAACUGGGAGCAGGGAAAGGAUUGCAUUUCACACGGGGAAAUCGAAGCAUGCGAAGACGAUUGCGAUUACGAAUCUUUGGGGAACCAGUCACACCCAGACACCAUGAGAAGAAACGCCGCGCUGUAUACACAUUGUGAGCCAGGACAUUGUAAGGAAGGGUGUAUCGACGUCGUUCGUGAGAUUUUCCAAGAGCCAUGUUUUCAGGGGGUUCAUCUCAGGAAUUUAAAGAACUCAAUGAAUACUGAAGACCCUGAAACAAAACUUGCGAUCAUGGACUACUUUUACCGGCUAGACUCGUGCAACGCGGAACUCGCAUGGGAGGAGUGCAGAACAUGGUCCGAUGACGAUCCGCUUGUGAUGGGCGGGGCUUCCAGAAAUAGCUUCGCAUUGUUCGCCUUAAUAUGCAUUUUCACAAAUUUGAAAUCUGUAAUGUAGCAUCUUUUCAGAUACACAGUUUGAGAAUAGAUUGUUUUCUUUCAACCACAAGGUGGGAACUGUUUUCUAGUAGGUUAAUCUGCCAUGGUUUUUCUCUGACGACAGUGGCGCAGUUUGAGAAAAAACAAUGGUUUUCUAUUAACAAUAUAUGGUGCCCGAGUAAAAAAAAUGUCAUAUGUGAUAAUUAUAAAUCAAUAACAUAAUUAUUAAUCAAAAGAAAGAAUGAAGUGUAUAUUCCAAAUUUAAUUAAUUUAAGUUUGCCCGAAUGUUAUGUGAUUUGCGCCGGAAAAUACUAUAUGUUGAUUUAUUAAUAAGUGCCGCUUCUUCACAAAUAAGGUUAAAUAUACCAAAAUCAAUUUUAAUUUCAAAUGCUAAUUUUGUUAUGCGGUAAGACUGGUAAGUACAUGUAUUUUUACGUAACAGUUCCCAUACCACGUGUAAACCACGCAUACCACGUGUAAACUACGUAACGACGUGACGUGAAAUGUCAUUGUAGUUUUUAUCUUCAUACUAUAAACAGUCUGAGUUAUCCAGCUAGACUUUGCAUCCAUGGUUUGCUGUAAUUAUUCAUCUAUUAUUUACCCCCCCCCCCCCCCCACUUAACGUUUAUUGAACGCAUUCAUCUUUUAAUCUUGGCAAAACCAUUCGUCAUGUUUAGGUUUGGCGGAAGAAUUAAAAUUUGUACCUACGGAAAAGCCGACAGUACUGGGAUCAUAAUUAGUUGGAGCAGACGUGCUUGCUGAUCUUGGUCUGCACUGAUCGUAUAGGAAGAAUCAGUUACCGCUAGUAGGCUAUGAUUUCAACUGUUGAGCAAACGUUAGUGUACUGUUUAGUGUUAUAGACCAAACCUUGCACAUAAAAAUCAUGCUUAGCUAUUUUCUUUUGUAAUAAACUAUUCUUGUUA